AUGUCUUCAGAAGAGCCUGAAAGCACGACAGCAAAAGCCUUGCAAAUAAAAAAACGCAAACGCAAGCACAAACAGAGCGAAAUCUUUGCAAUACCAGGCGUGAAAAAAAUGGUAAUGAGCGACGAAGCCCAACGGGCUAUUUUCUGCGUUGUUGGUGAAGAUGUCACUACGGAAGACCCAUGGAAAUACAUCACCAAGUCGGAUAUACUCGACGAUAUCGAGAUUAAUGAGAAGGAGAGUUUGUUUUUUAACUUGGAGCAAACGUUAAGGGAUAAUCCCAAUGAUAAAAUACUUGUUUGGUACCUGGCUGAUGAUUCCAAAGAUUACGAAGAAUUUGCCCUGUGUUUGACUACAGAGGCUGAAGAAAAGGUUUUGGAAAUAAUCAAAAAAAGACAGGACAUCAUGCAACAAAGAUUGCUCAACUCUGUCAUAAAGACUAUUAAAGAUUGGACAACUAUGGGUUCUGAGGACGAAGUUCUGGAGUUAAAUGAUAUCGCAAAUAGAAACCUAUACGAACUAGAGGUGGAAUCAAAUUUUCCCAUUAGACAAACCAAGGUUAUGUUUAGGUUUAGGUAUACAGAAUCAAUAAGGGAUGGUUAUGUAGAACUAAAACCAGCAAGUGAUGAAGUGGCCUUAAUUAAAAGAAAACGCAUUGAUAGAGAUAUUCAGAUUGCCCCCAUCAAUAUAUCUUUGGAUAUGCAAACCCUUCAUGCCAUACUUAAACAGAAUAACUCCACACAAUACAGUUUAGAUUUCUUCGAAAACGUACUACCAACAGAGGACCUCAUUAAAAGGUUUCACAAAUACAAUGAAGGGCGAAUAGAAGAAAUGAUGGAAUCGAUAAAAUACAACCCGAAACUAAACUUGUACACAAACGACUACAUCGUGACCAACCCACAAAUGCUCGUCCAAUUCGACAACUUCAAGUACCAAGAACAUCUUAACAUAAUCGACGUGAAUAUUUUCAAAGGCAAAAUGGUUUCUAUGGUUAGCUGGCAUCAUUUUUGGACGGGUAUUAUCGCGGUUGCCUAUGUCACUCAAGCGAAUCACGUCUAUAGAAGGCAUCCGUUUCUUUUUGAUGAGGUGGAUGAUGCCGUUCAUGGACUCCACUAUGUUGCUAUCUAUUCGGUUAUUGACUGUGUUAAGCCCAAGUUGAUUUGUAAGGCACCUAGAGAAGUCAUUACUAUUGUGUUUUGUGAGUUUGAUCAGGAUAUUCUUGUAGGUGGUAUGGUUAAUGGACAAGUGAUUAUAUGGGAUAAUUUAACACCUAGAAUUCAGUUGGUGGAAGCGCCAUCUAUGUUAUCAGUAAACGAAAAACGCUAUAAACAGUUAAUUUGGUCGAUGAUGGGUUGGAUGAAAAACAUUCACGAUAUUUCUGUGGUUCAACCUGCAGCGGUUUGUCACCCAAGGCAUGGACAUAAAGCACCAGUAAGUUGUAUAACCCUUUCUAUACCAUCUGAAAAGAUCACACCAUUAGGUAAAGUUGAAGAAAUAGAGGGUGGUAACCUUUCUUAUCAGUUUGCUACUGCUGGAGCUGAUGGAGUAAUACUUAUAUGGGACUUGAAACAAAAACCCAAGAUGGUAGCAGGAAGUCACAAACCCAGAAAAUUUCGACGUCUUACUAAAAAACCCAGCGUCUUGGUAUCCGAUGAAUCCCCGUACAAAAUCUUACAUCUAAACAUGAAGCCCAUUUACAAAAUUGUGAUGCCAACUACCAUGCGUUGCCUUGGUUACGUGGCCCUCACAAGUUCGGGUUUUAAAAAAGUUACUUAUACCGAACAGGUCGCGUUCACGAAAGGGAAAGAACGCAAUUUGGAUAUGAGAUCAAUUUAUACGUCCUCUUUCGGGGCGCAUACUCCAACGCCAUACGAAUUUUUUUUGGGUACCACCACCGGCGAUUAUAUUUCAACAAAAUGGGAAGGUUUGGAUUAUGAUUCAGGCGAAGCUGUUAAUUUUGAAUAUGGUAAAGUCACCAACUGGGGUACAACGGUGCACGAUGGUCCUAUUUGCAGAAUAUCGUAUUCGUUUCUUUUAAAUACCGUGCUAACAGUUGGAGGCUCGGUUUUUGCCCUUUGGCAUGUAGAAUAUCCCUAUAAUGCAUUAAUUUGGAGAAAGUUUAAUGAGAACCUGAUGUGGGGCGGGUUUAAUCCAGGAACUAGAACUAGGGUAAACGUACUGACAAAUAGCGGUCUUUUAUCGUGCUGGUCUUUAUACAGAGACAGUAACAAGACCUUUUUGUCCACCCAGGUGGGCAAUUGUGCGAUUACAGCAAACAAGAUACACCCUAAAUACCUGGAUAUGCCAGCCUUUGCAAUGGGAGAUGAAAAAGGCAACGUAAGGAUGUUUUAUUUCCCGUGGAAAAAUACCAUAACCUUGGACGAAGAAAAAAGAAAAAUGGGGUCGUUUAUGGCGAACGAGGUAAAAGCCAGAUUGGCGAUAUUGGAUUGGCAGAAAAAGUGGAAUGAUAAAAAUAGGAUUAGUAGUAGCAGCGAUGAUAAGAUAAAGCGGGAGGAAGUGGUGCAAGAGGAUGAUGUUAAGGUAGAGAUGGAGCCGGAACCACAAAGAAAAGUCGAAAUUCCGUUACCUGAAAAGAUGAAGAUGAUGUGGGAGAAGAAGGAAAAGGAAAGAAUUGCAGCACAAAUAAGGUUGAGAAAACAAACCGACACAGCAAAAUUAGAAAAGUUACGUAAGCCCCUUCAACAAGUCGAGCAAGAAAACGCAAUGAUGCGUCAAAAACAAAAACAGAUACACGCGCAAGCCACAAAAAUUUUUGAAGAAACCGUAAAAACCCAUUUCCCAAACUACAGAAAGAAGGUUAUCGAUGACGUAGUCGACCCAUACUCUGAAAGCUAUUCUGAGGCCGAAAAACUGCAGAACUAUAAAUAUUUCAAAGACAUUUUUAAUAGAGCCGAUGAUUACGUUAAUAAUAAUAGGUACAAGUAUUAUUUUACGUGGAGCAAACUUUUAUCUGAUAACAGAAAAAGGUGCCAGGUUAGGAAUCCCAAUACAAAAAGAAGACGCUUUUUAGAAGAUAUGGAAGAUAUUACAGAUACCUCUGAAGAAUCUGUGAGAUCACCUGUUUCAUCGGUUGAAUCAGAAGAUAAUUAA